AUGUCGGACCCGCUCUCCGUGGCGGGAACGGCCGUAGGCAUCGCAUCACUUGGUAUCCAAGUCUGCCAAGGCCUUAUCAAGUACCUCCAAGCCGUAAACGACAAAAACGAAGAGAUCAGAGAGGCAGUUAGAGAUGUCAAGCAAGUCUUAUCACUACUGGACAGCCUGAACAAUACGCUACCCAAUGUUGGCCCUGGAAAUGGAACGACUUCGAUUCAAAUAUACAUCGACAACUGCAAUCAGAAGCUAACCCAACUUCAAAAGUUUCUGGAUGGCCUAUUGAACGAAAUAUCACUGGAUCUGAAAGAUCAUGUUAAAAACCAUGAUGACAAUUCCGCGGAUCUGAAAGAUCAGAUACAGUGCAACUUUCUUCAACUUCAGUCCAUGCAAAGUACCGCAUCUGAUAUGCUCAUCAACAUAAAGGAACAACUCCAUGGGACACAGCUGUCUAUCCAUGAUCUUGAUCAACGGAUCGAUGGGAAGCUGACGAUUGUCGAGACUGUUACUCGGUCGACUGAAACUAAUAGUCAAGUCGCAGUCGCCAUGCUGGAGAAGCUUACACAACUUGUGGAGUUUCAAUCGGCCUUAUUGUCAACCACGAAUGUGCAAGUCACUGGUCCUCAGAGUGUCCAAGAUGUGGGUGCCACCACGGCCUACCAAAGCAAAUCUUCAACAGUGCUCGGCAACGACAUAACAUCCGCGAGAAGUACCAACAUAAUGUCGUGGCAAGGCUGUUAUUGCGCCGCGGCCCUUCCAAAAUCAACGACAUCUUUCCAAUUUUGGAACUUGCAAUUUCUGUAUGAAGAACAAGAACAUCACCUUCGAUCUUGCAAGUUAUGGGGCACGAGAAAAGGCACGAAACAAAGAGCUAAGGCUGAGUUUCGGAUGAAGUUAGCUUGGCUCUCUACUCGUAUGAUUGAUGCCUGCUUCGAAUACGCGUCGGGCACCAGUAGACCUGGCAUUUCAAUCAGAUGCAGAAACAUUAUCCGCCGGAUGGAUAGCCCGGUUAUUAAGGCGAUAUGGGACGUCAAGAAUGAACAAUUAACGCCACCCAUUACACAAACGCGAAUGAUUCUGGCACUCGAGACAAUGAAACGUGAUAUAAUAAAUCUAUACUCGAAAGGCUUAGCCUCGCCGUUGGACAUAGAUGAGCGCGGUCUGACGCAUGCCGAGGCACUCAUUCCAACUUUAUCCUCUUCAAUAUGGUAUCGAGCUACGGGUGCAGAUUUACGCAUCAAUGUAGUACGAAGAAUUCUUCAAGAUGAAGCAACUACCUUUGCAUUUAUAUCUCUCAUCCGAGCUCUACUUCAAGCCAGCAAUUGCGUUCCAGAGGACCUCUCUAUUGCUGAAAGCCUUUCUCGAUUUAUGGAUCUCAAGGAGCGAAAACAAGAAGCUUACUUUGCAGACUACUUGGUAUCAUCGCUAUAUGGGAACUCCCACUUUCCAUUCUCGUCCAUGAUUAUAGAAUGUAUCGCCAGGUUCAAGCCUUCUGCGCUCCUAAUGUCAAUAAUACAAGGUUCUAAGGCUAUACUUUGCAGAAGCAUUGAGGAUCUUGUUUCCUGUGUUUCUCGAGCUCCUGAACUAGUGCUUGAGUGCAUCUUCGAAGUCGAUGUUGUCACGCUUGCAGUCACUUGGCCUGAAGGAUUGAAAUAUCUUUUGACAACAAAGGCAAGUACUCUCGUUGAAUCAGUGGACAUGCUGCUGGAGGCAGGAUGCUGCUUUCCAUAUGAGAUACUCUGGGGACUCCAUAUGUCAGAAGAGAUGGCCGCUGUUGUGGCUACUCAUAUAUCGAUAAGACGGCUUCGACUCCUGAAGCUGGCACAGACACAGCUUGGGGUAUUUUUGGGUAAUGAGUCUGUGGCUUUCGCAGAUUCUGCAGCUGCCACGAUUUGUGACGCUUUGGACAAAGAAAAAAUACAGGUGCCCCCAUGCCUACGCGUUGGAUGGAAUUACCAAUCAAUCUAUCUUAACACAGCCAUACCUUUCGAUGUCUUCAAACAGUUUUGGCAAAUGGGGUUCUGUCACUUUGAAAGCAUUGAUUGUAUCGGCAGAACCCCCAUGAUGACUGAGGAUUCGCGUUGGAGUGCUCUCCUAAACUUUCAAAGUUUUCAUCACGUUAAAGAAACGAUUUCUUGGCUGUGUAAGCACGGAUUCAUGCGGGAAAAGGUCAACGACCCACUGAACAUCGGUCUCAACGUGUUUGCCACCGGCUACCACUACAUGGCAGCCAAAUUUGCUUCCUUGCCAUGGAUCAGUCAUUGCAGCCAUAAACAUACUGACCACAAAAUACAGCUUCUGGCCAAUUUACCAUCCGAUACAACCAUCGAGGAUAAUUGCAUGUGCUGGUGCAAUGCGGAAGGCCACGGUUGUUCACCUGUCAAGCUGUUUCUGAAAACCUUGUUUCUAUAUCCAUAUUAUUCAUCAUCUUCCCUGGUUACAGCAUUGCACAAAAUCCUACAUCGUCAAUCAUUGUAUGCACCUGACUCUGACGAGCUGUUGAUCCUAGUCAAGGAGGUCCUUCGUCUUCUCACCUUUGAAGCUCUGGAUAUGACGCACACAUGCUGUUUUUAUGACCGAAUACGCGAACAUGAUCCUUGCAAUUUAUUACCGGAGAAGAUUCAGUAUGAGUGGGCAAUAUUCUGUUGUGAUUCUGAUAACAUCAUGGAAAUUCGGUCUUGUAGCGAAGGAAAACGUUCUGCUGCCCUUCUCAAGGAUAUGAUGGCCGAGUUCACACCACAAUUACAGCUAUUUAGCCCCAGUUGCUUCGCAUUUAAGGGCUUCAUUCAUACAUACUGGCGUCGACGCAUAUCUCAGAUAUAUAUUGCAGCUCCCACGGCUGUGGAUGAUCUCCGCCAGCAUCAGGCAUUUCAGGGAUUUGGGGUGUCUUCUUCUUCUUCACGAACGAGAGUGUUGCCCGAAAGCGUGCAUCGACUACUGGGGCGGGACUUUCGCCUACUGGGCCCCCAUGAGACUAUCUCUGAUGAAGAAUGCAUUUCCGAAGUAUCGAGGUACAUGGUGGUGCUAACUGUUGUGAAUCCGACCAGGCGGACAGCGAUUGAAGCGCCUGCCACUUAA